AAAAAAAAUGGCUGUAGCAGCAAAAUAUUUAUUCAUUUUUAUAUCGAUACUAUCGGUCAUGGUUGAGCUGGACGCGGUAACAGUUAAUCCAUCUUUGUGCCCUACGAACAAGAUUGCCCCUCACCGACGUCACGUCACUUGGGAUGAGAAACCUCGAACCUUUGGGGUGAUACAUUACCUAUUUAGGCCAGGCAGACCACCCCAUAUGGACCCACUUGAGGAUUUGCAAGAACAACCACAAGAAGACGACCCUGAUGAUUGCGGGGAAAUAGAAGAUUACGACGAAACAGACCUAAGCUCUCUGACUCCAACUGGCCAAAGAAGAAAAUCGAAUAAAGAGGAUCGUUACUUCAUAAAUAACGACUACAUUAAAACAUACCACCAAGGAGCCAACAGACCGCCAUCUAGGCCACAUCGACCUCCAAGGCCCACACGACCUCCGUACAACUUUGAAGGCAAUUAUUAUGGGCCAAAUGGAUACAAGCCACCUUACUAUCCAGGAGACUAUGUUAAACCGGUGAAGGAGGAUACAAUCGAUCAUCCUCAAGCAGCUUAUCAACUCGGUCUUAUCGGUGGUGCUCUCGGCCACGUUGUAGGAUUUCCUCCGGUACGACCUACAGAAGGGUCACAGCUAAGAAAACCUAAUUCUGCAUUUCGGUUCCCCGACAAUUAUGCACAUACGAACAGAUAUCCAAAGAAAUCUCAAGAGCAAUCAAACAGGUCAACAAGUAUUUUCGGAUCAUUCCUUGAUUUGUUAUUCAAAUAAAUAAUUUGCCAACAG